AUGGAUCCUCGAGCCUCUGACUGCCGCCGUUUAUCUACACGUGCCGGCAGCCAUAGUGGAACCCUGCGUGCGGCAGGAAGACCUCCUGAAACUGGAGACUUACCUCCUGAUUCUCCAGCAUCGAGAAACAGCGGCAAGGUGACACCGGCGGCCGGUGGUAAGCCUCAGAGAACCCCGCAGCGUGCGGCUGCAAAGCCGCAGGGAGCAGAUGACAGCCCCGCUCAUACUGCGGGCAGGAGAGGAGCAGCAACCAGGAGCAGCAGAGAUCCACUGCAGGAAUCCCUGUGUGACUCCAGCAAUGCACCGGGUGUGGUCAGGAGAGGUCCUGGGAGGAAAACAAGCCUGGGAUCCUCUCUGAGCUCCUCUUCAGAGCAGAUAACUCUGCACCCAGGAAAGCUGGAUGGGAAAGAAAGGCCGGCUGCUAAGCAGGCAGCGGGUGAACAGAGAGCAGAGCCGGCGGGUCAGGUUGCUGAACAAGCAGCCUGCGAAGUCUCUGGACCAAGGAAAGCUGCAGGAAUGGAGUCUGGAACCCCAAAGGAGACUCCCCGCAUGGGAAAAGGAAUAUGGAAGUUGAAUUCGUCUCUCCUGGAAGAAGCGAUGUUACAAUUAUCAGUGGAUGUGCCACUGAAGAAACCUGUGCGAAAAUGCAGAACCACGAGCCGUCCACCCGCUGCUGUGAUACCGAUCUGUGUAACUGAGGCUGCGACGCCGUACAACAUGGAGGCCGGAAACAGCCAACUGAGGCUCUCCAGCUGUUGCAAAACUACAACUCCCAGCAUGCCCAGACUGCCUACAGCUAUCAGCCUACAGCAGGGCAUGGUGGGAAUUGUAGUUUUACAACAAUUGGAGAGCCACAGGUUGGCCAUCCAUGAUAUACAUCAUCAAUGGUCCAAACUGAGUCUAUAGAAAGGAAGGAGACAGGACAGUGGUAGGAACCUGCAGCAGAUAGAAGACAGGGAGUUCCUGGACAUAUAGCUAUAUACUCAUACAUAGGCUGGGUACACCGUAACGUGGCGCGAGGGGAAGGGGAGCGCAGGAUUCAGCACACUUGGGUUGCAUUGUUUGUAUCCACAUGAAGGAUUGUAUCAUCUCACAGGUUCUGUCAGCACCGGAAGGAUACGACUCCGGCCAGGAGGAGAAGACGCAGCUAUGAUAGAUCUGUAUAAUGUAUGCUAUGUGUAAGGAAAUAUAUCUCAGCACUGCGUCUUUCUCACGUCUUUGCUGGAGACUUUCUUGCACUGGACUUCAUUUCCUUUUCU